UUCUCCGCCAGCGAUCAUGUGGAUUAUUUGUCUCGCGCUCAUCGCCUGUGUCACUGUAGAAGCGCAGAAGGUGUCCAAUCCCAAUACUCGCCUGCUGGACAAUAUUCUCAGCUAUGUGGAUACCGAAGUGAGUGCCUGCGAUGACUACUUUGGUCAUGCGUGUGGCAAGUACGCGAAAAAGCACUUGGACGACCCCUUCACGGAGAUUACACAAAUGGUGGACCACAAGGUGAACCAGGACUUGCUCACGCUAAUGCAGGAACUGGAGCAGCGCUCACUGCAACCGAACUUCAAUCGGACAGGUGUGGAAGCCAAAGUGUGGAGCUUCUAUCACACCUGCCGCAACGCUUCGAGUGACACACGCAGUGGCAGGCACUACCUGACACUCGUGCCACCCGACGAGGGCUUAACCUGGCCGCAGUUCACACCCGAGGGCAGCGUCUGGCCUGGGGAGCGCUUCAAAUGGAUGGAGACACUGGCACGCCUGCACCGCUAUGGCGAGGUGAAUAUCCUGAUGAAGGUAUUCAUACAAUCGAGUCCAAACAACAGCAGCGAAUACGUUAUGGAUCUCUCAAUGCCUAGCUUGGAAGAGACGGGACAGCGACUGCGGCCGUUUUUGGAGACCAUGCGAACCCUCGCUGUCUUAGGUGUACCCACAGCCAGCGCUAUAACGCUGACAAAGAAAAUAAAGUCGUUGGAGACGGCACUGCGAAAUAUCAUUGAUGAAGACGACGACGACACGAAUGGCCAAUAUAUGACAGUGCGGCAACUGCAGCGCCGCACUGGCGUCCACUGGCAAAAGUUCAUCGAGUUGCUGCUGGGACAGCCCAUCGAGCCACAGUUUCGUGUGAAUGUUCAGAGUUUGGGCUACUUCAAGGCACUGGUUCAGCUGCUGAACGACAGGGAGCCCAAUGUGGUGGCCAGCUACAUGAUGACGCGCCUCAUGCUUUAUCUGUGGGAGGAGACAAUGGACAGCGAGGAGCCGCUCGAAUGCGUCAAGGAUGUGCGCCGCAACAUGAAUCUAGCCACGAGUCUGCUCUACAAGGAGCGCUUCCUGGGAUCCGCCGGGCAUCUGCAAAGGAACAGCGCGUCCGUUGUACAAACGUUUGAGCAACUUCGUCGACAGUUUCUGCGUCUCGUGAAGCGAAAUCGCCUGCGACUGGAUCGCACGCAGCGUAAAAUGAUCACACAGAAGGUGCACGAUAUGGUUCUCAACAUUGGCAACAUGCCACAGCACAUUGACCAUCGCCGAUACGUCAGCCAGCACUAUGCGAGUUUGGAUAUGUCUUCUGGGUAUUUGGAUUACGCCCGCAGCCAUUUGCAGCUCCUGGAGUUCCGCAACCGUCAAUGGAUGUCACAGCUAAGCCACUCCCCGCACCGGGUCAGCGAGUACUACUACAUAACCGACUCGAGCACGGGCAUGAGCUCCAGUCCCUACUACAUGAUACGCCAGAAUGUCAUCAUCGUUCCGUAUGGCUUCCUGCAAGAGCCAGUCUUCCUGCCAGACAGCCACAAUGUGUUCAAGUUUAGCUUGCUGGGCUUCAUCCUGGCCCACGAACUGAUGCACGCCUUCGAUGGGCAUGGAGUGAUCUACGAUGGUCAGGGGAACCUCAGCGAGGCGGGCCUGCAGAUUGGCAAUUCUGCGCGCUUCGAGGCAGGGCUGGAGUGCAUUAACCGCAACGAGACGGCGUACCUCAAUGAGAGAGUGGCGGACAUAGAUGGCAUUCAACUCGCCUACGAUGCGUACUUUGGCGCAGAGUCACACCAAAACAGGACACAGCCGGAUUUCACAGAUAUGCCGCUGCAGCGCAUAUUUUUCCUCAACCUGGCGCAGUUUUUCUGUGGCAAUGGUGACGCCUCGAACUUCUUGGACCACGAUACGGAUGCUGUGCGCCUGAAGCAGACUCUAACAAAUUUUGCGGCAUUUUAUGAGGCAUUCCAGUGUCCCACGGCACUAUCCACAGAGCGAUGUCAGCUCUGGUGAAGGGAAAAUAAAAAUGAAAUUGCA